AUGAGGGACACGGGGGAGUCAAAGGACCAACAACUUACUGUUGCCUUGAGGAUCCGACCCCUCAGCGAUGCUGAGCAGGAGGAGACGGCUACGAUCGUGGCCCAUAGAGUAGACGACCAGAUGGUGGUUCUGAUGGACCCCAUGGAGGACCCAGACGACAUCCUGCGUGCCAACCGCUCCAGGGAGAAGACUUACAUGUUUGACGUUGCGUUCGACUACUCGGCCAGUCAGGAGGAGGUGUACCGAGCUACAACCAAAGGGCUGAUUGAGGGCCUCAUAUCAGGCUACAAUGCCACCGUGUUUGCCUACGGACCCACAGGUUGUGGAAAGACAUACACUAUGUUGGGAACAGACAAGGAGCCAGGCAUCUACGUUCGAACGUUAAACGACCUGUUCCGUGCCAUUGAGGAGACCAGUGACGACAUGUUGUACAGCGUCUCCAUGUCCUAUCUGGAGAUCUACAAUGAGAUGAUCCGGGACCUGCUGAACCCAUCCUCAGGCUUCUUGGACCUGAGAGAAGACUCUAAGGGAGUUAUUCAGGUUGCCGGCAUCACGGAGGUGUCUACCAUCAAUGCCCAAGAGAUCAUGGAAUUGCUGAUGAAGGGGAACAAACAACGCACCCAGGAGCCCACAGCCGCCAAUCAGACGUCAUCUCGCUCUCACGCUGUGCUGCAGGUGGCUGUCAAGCAGCAGAGCCGCUGUCGGGACGUCCUGCAGGAGGUCCGCUUUGCGCGCCUCUUUAUGAUCGACCUCGCCGGCUCUGAACGAGCAGCACAGACUCAGAACAGGGGUCAGCGGUUGAAAGAAGGGGCCCACAUCAACCGCUCCCUCCUGGCUUUGGGCAACUGCAUCAAUGCCCUGAGUGACAAAAAUGGACACAAGUAUGUCAACUACCGAGACAGCAAGUUGACUCGCCUACUCAAGGACUCGUUGGGCGGGAACAGCCGAACUGUCAUGAUAGCCCAUAUUAGCCCCGCCUCCGUGGCUUUUGAGGAGUCUCGUAACACGCUGACGUAUGCUGACCGUGCCAAAAGUAUUCGAACACGGGUAAAGAAGAACCUGAUAAAUGUGUCAUACCACAUUGCUCAAUACACAAACAUCAUCUCAGACCUGCGCUGCGAGAUCCAGCGGCUAAAGAAGAAGAUUGCAGAUCAGGCGAGCCGUCAGGUCAACUCAGACCGGGCUGACAUCCGCCAUGUCCAGGCUGAAGUCCAGGCCCACUCAAGCCAUCAGAGUCGGGCGGAGAUGGACCUGUUGAGGGAGCAGCUCCUGGAUGCCUUCCGCCAACAGAUGGAGAUCAGGAAGAGCCUGAUGGAUCUGGAAAACAGCAACAUGGAGAUCCAGAUCGACACCUCUAAGCACCUGCUAACCAUUGCAGACUGGGAGCAAGAGCGGGGCAGGCGCAGGAGGAAGUGGCGCGCAGAAAGGAGAAAGGAACGUGUCAAUAAGGAUGAAAGCGAGAAAGACUCUGACUCCCCAGAGUCUCCCCCUGACAGCAGUGAGACCCAGGAGGUGGCAAUUGCCCGAGAAAAUCUGGUCACACUCAUGGCUGAACAGAAAGGGAAUCAGAAACAGAAGGCGUUGCUCGAGCGAAGGUUUCUGGAGCUUCGAGAUCGCGCCCGUCGCUUGGAAGAGCUGCUGCCUCGGCGGGUGAGCUCGGAGGAGCAGCGCGAGGUCCUGGGCCUCCUCUGCAAGGUCCACGAGCUGGAGAUCGAGAAUGCGGAGAUGCAGUCCCACGCGCUGCUCAAGGACAACGUCAUCCGGCAGAAAAACUUUGUGGUGCAGCGCUUUGAGCAGCACAGACACCUGUGUGACGAGAUAAUUCAGCAGCAGAGACAGUUCAUUGAUGACCACAGUCUGCUAGUGCCCCCCCACCUCCAGGAGCUGUAUGAUAUUUACAUGAGGGAACUGGAUGAGAGGAAGCUGGACAGAGCCAUGGCCCUGGAUAAGGUGACCACCAGACGCACCAUCAAGGAGGGCUCUCUACCCAAAAUCGCCCUGCCCAAUCAGUGUCGCGACAACAUGCAGGACAUGGACUCAGACCAGGAGAGUGUACGCAACAUGUGCCCUGAUCCCAGACGAGGCCAAGCCAAAAUUCGUAGACACACCUUGCCACCCAUUCUGCCUGAGCCUGAGCUGGACAAUAACAGAGUGUUUAAGAGCAGCCCUCAUGCCAGGCAGAUGAAGAACUCAGCUGUAAUGACACCGCCUCCCAUCCACAUCAACGGGAAGGGCAACAGAGAGCUGCAGCCGCUGGCUCCUGAGAGCUCUCUGAGCUACAGCCAUCUCAGCCACAGCGUCAGCAGCCACCUGGACUCAUCGCCCGAGAGCAGCGAGGCCGGGGCUGAUAUCCCCCUUUCACGAAAUGAGCGGCAGCAGAUCCUAAAGGGGGUCAAGAACAUUGUAGUAAAAGCAGCCCGUCGACGCUCCAAAGCCCUAGAGGUGGAUGCCUUGCGGUUACCCCCUCCCCCCUCUCCCCUGGACCCCAAGAAGGAGAAAAGUAGCCUUUCUUUGAGCGAGGCGCUGCCUAGAGGUUUGCCGAUGCGGCGCGGCAGGCAGCCAAGCCCCGAGCUCAGACACGCCACCUCGGACGAUAACCUGUCCAGCAGCACCGGGGAGGGACCCGGCCUGCAGGUGACCUGGACGCGCCCACGUAACCGCCAGGUCGCCACCAAGAACCAAACGCCCAGAGAAGUGGACUUUGAGGCUCGCCGCAAGAAGAGGCGCUCACGCUCUUUCGAGGUCACUGGUCAAGCACUCCCUCAAACCAAGACAACCACAGCUCAGAGGUUCCGCCCUCUGGACAGCACAUCAGACCCCCAUCUCCACAUUAACGGUCCGCCCCAGGCCCCCAUGCUGCGUCACCAGUACAGGGGGGUCCCUCCUCUCGCCAAAGUCAGGGCGCCCCACAACAGCCAGCAAACAGGCUCAAAUGCAGAGUCCUCCGCAGCCCACAUGAAUAACCCGAAGCGAGGGCCCCAGCUGCGGCAGCCCCAGCCCCUCCUCUACAUAACCACCGCAGGCACCGGGGGCCAGCGCACACGCAGACACUGAGCCAUCAACCGCAUUCACCAUCAACACCAGCAGUAACAGCCAAACCAGCUGAGCCUGGAGGAGAACCCUCUAAUAACUCUAGAGCACCCACACGCGCCCCCAGCCCGAUUAAAAUGGACCUUUAACCCCUCAGUGACUGACAUAAGGCGAGACUGUGAGGACGUAUGAUGGAGAAUAUCCAUUCAACAGCUGGAUACGUCCACACAGAUCUCCUGUGGGCUUUAUUGUGGACAUUGAGCGAUGGCGCUAGACGUACAGUGUGUGUUCUUUUCUUUCAAGCGUUUCCACUUUAGCUUGCUGUCGUGCUGAAUUACUUGUGCUAUCGUCAAGUCAGGAUGGCGUCAGGCUCAUUAUGAACGCAACACCGUACUAAUGUUUGCACACUGUGGGUAUAUACACUUUGGUAAUGUUCUGUGCUUGUUAUGAAGACCAGGAACAGACACAUCAAGCUAAUGAGGGAUCUUUAUGGGGCUGAACCUCACAGUAAUGAUGUAAAUGAGUACUGAGGGAAAACACUGGCAUUAUUUGAAAAAGGAUAAAAAAAAAGUUGAGAGGAUAUUACACUAAUGGCAAUGUAAAAAUUGUAUUAUGUGCAAAGGCCUACUGUCAAAAUGUUUCAGUAUCAAUGUUUCUUGUAGUGAGGUCGUUUCAUUUUAAUGACAAAAUACUUGAUCAUCUUGAUUGUUGUGCACUUGUGGAUUUAAACUCAACCUUGAAUUCUCACACACCCCAGGUCUAUGCCUUUUCUUACCCAAACUUGACUGUUAAAUGUCAGGAUUGUUGGUGUAGAUAAACGUUAUAGUACCACGAGAUGCUUUUUCAGAUUAAUUGGCCGUAUUUUUAAUGAAUUAUUUAACUGUUGCCUUUUCUUUUAUGUUGUUUUCAUUGACGUUGUUUUCAUAUUUACUAC